CACGACCAAGUGUUCGCAACGGCAGGUUCAAGAAGAUUCAAGAUGUUGUUAUUAUUAAUAGCGUUCUUGAGUCUCGGACUACCAGCUUGUUUCGCAAGUUGUCCAAGCUACAUUUUCCUGCACCCUACUGAUCCCCACAAGUUCUACAAAUUCCAGCAGGGCUUUGGUUAUUUGAAGUUUGACUGUCCUGCCGGUUUGGUGUUUUCGCCACAAGACUGUGUCUGCGUAAGAGAUGCGUGUUCGGUGCUGAAGGACGGCUCCAUCUGGAGACCCACAGUGACCGACAAAAGCAGCAAGUUGACGUGUUACGCCCACUUCAAGUGCGCAUCAUCCAAGUCCACAUACGCAUUCUGUGCUAGCGGCAAUUCUUUUGAGCAGAAGUGGGGAUGCAUGAGCGAAAGUACCUGCACUUACUCAGGACAGCCCGAGUUUCACGAGACUGUUAAGAUUUUUCGCGGAGAUGGUGAAAAUGUUGGAUGUGGAAAAUGCGGCCAGAAUGCGAAAUGUAUUAACAACAAGUGUGUGUGUGAGGAUGGGUUCGAUGGUGACGGAUACACAUGCAAAGUUAAUGGAUGUAAAAGGUGUCACGCUGAUGCGACGUGUAUAAACAACAGGUGUGUCUGUAAUUAUGGAUUCAUUGGAGAUGGAACAAACUGUGGAGUUGAUGGAUGUAAAAGGUGUCACGCUGAUGCGACAUGUCAAAACAACAGGUGUGUCUGUAAUUAUGGAUUCACUGGAGAUGGAACAAACUGUCAAGUUGAUGGAUGUAAAAAGUGUCACGCUAAUGCGGUGUGUAAAGGCAACAGGUGUGUCUGUAAUUAUGGAUUCAUUGGAGAUGGAACAUACUGUCAAGCAAUGGCGAACAACAAGUGUGCUUAUAACGGCCACGUGUGUGAUUCAAAUGCCGAAUGUGUCAAAGAAGGAACAUCCUACAAAUGUAAAUGCAAAGGUGGCUUCAUUGGAAAUGGAUACAAAUGCAUUGAAAACCCAUGUAUCACAAAAAGUGAUGGGUACUCGUUCACCAUCCAUUACCUUACGAAAUGCUACGAAUACUACUACUGCCACAAAAGCAAGGCUUACUACUUCAGAUGUCCAAACGGUUACAGGUUUGAUGUGAAGAAUCACUGUGUACUUGACUACACAUGUAGACACUGAGAUAUAUAUUCAAUGCUGUGAGAUAUGAUCCAAGACAUUUCUUUUAUUAUUAAAAUUUGAAAACAUAUUCCAGUCAAUAAAUCUAUUUGAAAUUGAA